AUGGAGAACAAUACAGAAAUAACUGAGUUCAUCCUGCUAGGACUCACCAGUGCCCCAGAACUGCAGAUCCCCCUCUUUAUCACAUUCACUCUCAUUUACCUCUUCAAUGUGGUUGGAAACCUGGGGAUGAUUGUUUUGAUUCUCAUGGACUCUCGUCUCCACACUCCCAUGUAUUUUUUCCUUAGCAACCUGUCUUUGGUGGACUUUUGUUACUCUACAGCUGUCACUCCCAAGGUUAUGGCUGGAUUCCUUAUAAGAGACAAGGUCAUUUCCUACAACGCAUGUGCUGCUCAGAUGUUCUUUUUCGUAGCCUUGGCCACUGUGGAAAAUUUCCUGUUGGCAUCAAUGGCUUAUGACCGCUACGCAGCAGUGUGCAAACCCCUGCAUUACACCAUCACCAUGACGACAAGCAUGUGUUCUGGUCUGGCCAUAGGCUCCUAUGUCUACAGUUUUCUGACUGCCUCUAUUCACAUUAGGGACAUAUUCAGUCUCUCUUUCUGUAUGUCCAAUCUAGUACAUCACUUUUUCUGCGAUGUUCCAGCAGUCAUGGCUCUCUCUUGCUCUGAUAGACAUCAUAGUGAGCUGAUUCUUGUUUUUGUGACAAGCUUCAAUAUCUUUUUUGCUCUCCUGGUUAUCUUGAUUUCCUACCUGUUUAUAUUUAUGACCAUCCUGAAAAUGCACUCAGCUGAAGGAUACCAGAAGGCUUUAUCCACCUGUGCAUCUCACCUCACUACAGUCUCUGUCUUCUAUGGGACAGCCAUCUUUGUGUACUCCCAGCCCAGCUCCAGUCACUCCAUGGACACAGACAAAAUUGCAUCUGUGUUCUAUACAAUGGUCAUUCCCACGCUGAACCCCCUGGUCUAUAGUUUAAGGAACAAGGAGGUUAAAAGGGCUUUCAAGAAGGUAGUUGAGAAGGUAAAAUUGUCUCUAAGCUUCACCUUCUAA